AUGACCACCACCACCCUAAUAAUCGAGCAACAACCUAAUCUCUCUCUCAUGGCAGAAGAAACGCAACUCAAAUGGGAAGGGAUGGCCACAGUUGAGCUAAAAACCCCAACAGCAGACCAAGUGUGGCCUUGUUUGGAGGACUUCUGCAAUAUUAUCAAGUGGAUUCCAGAUAUGGAUACUUGUUACCAAGUGGAAGGUGAGGUAGGACAGCCAGGCCUGACUCGGUACUGCGCUUCGAGCUCAUCCAGAUUAUCGGAUGGAAGUGAUAACGAGACCAGGAUCAGCUGGGUCAAAGAGAAGCUAUUGACGAUGAAUCCAAUGGAACGGUGUCUAAGCUACGAGGUUGUUGAAAAUAACAUUGGAUUCAACUCAUAUGUGGCCACUGUCAAAGUAUUGCCAAUAAAUGGAUCAGAUGGUCAACAUGGGUGCAAAAUCGAGUGGUCAUACGUUGCUGAUCCAGUCGAAGGAUGGUCAACGGAGCAUUUGACUUCUAUUAUCAAAAUCUCUCUCCAAUACAUGGCCAACAAGCUAGAACAAGCUGUCCUCUCGGGUGAAAUUUAA